UUCAACGUUGGAACAAUGCGUAGCGCUUUUCGACACACCUGCAUACGCAAUGCUAACGGCUGCAAGCUUUCCCGCAAAUUCUAGCAAAAGGUGAGCGCGCGAUAUUUUCUGCACUGCAAAGAACAGCAUGCAGUACAUCGCGGUGACCCUGGCCACAAUUUGCAUCGUGGUGGCAAGCGGAGACCGCAGAUGCAGCAAGUCUAGAGGCUGCGGGCCUUCUAUGUGCGGACCGCUAGAAGUGCCUGUGCGCGGGAGGCCUCGGCGAGACCACUUCUGCAGGCCUUUAUUCACGCCGCCUUGGGAGCUGCGGAAACGUCGCAACUGCGUUUGCAAGCGACGCUACCUGCGCAACUCCUGGGGCGAAGUGCAUCCCAUGGAAGAAAUGCGCAAUGUGCAAGUUCCGCUGGCAAAGAGAUUAUCGCGCAUGCGCGCCCGGAUGCCCCGCAACCUGCAACAUGCCACUCGUGACGUCAUGCAACCGGCCAUGCACUUCCGGAUGUGUCUGCCCACCGGGGUGGGUGGUGCACCCAAAGAGAUCACGGAUGUGCAUCAAGGCUUACAAAUGUCUUCCGAAAUGUCCAGCCAACUCAAGUUUCCAGGCAUGCGCGCCGAGUUGUCUCCCAAAGUGUGGUCAAAAUCAACCGAAGGAGUGUGCCGUUACUUGCAACACUGGAGCCUGCGUGUGUCAUGAAGGCUACCUUGAACUGGAGCAAGGUGGAAAAACGACGUGCGUGCUUCAAUCCAAGUGUUCCUGGUAUACUAGCACGACGAAUUCAUUUAGGCCUAAUGCCACACAUCAUAAUGGCGGGAGCGAGUGGUCACAUAGUGCUAUAAGUUCACCGGGUGGCAUCGUACGACACCCGGCAAUAACGAGCUUACCUACGGGGACCGAUCAGCCGAAUGGUGCACGAAGACACCUGGAGGACACGCCCUCCAGUGGUUAUGGAGGGCAUAGCACGGCAACGUUGACGAUAGGUUCUGAAUCAGCUCUGCCAGGUGUUACAGGAGAAACAGGCGGCGUGGGGUUCGGCACUGAUUUAACGCACUCACCGGGUGCCGGAAGAGAUAUCAUUACUGGUAGCGCAACCAGCACCGGAAAUGCCUUCCCAAAUGGUGGCGCAGGAAUUGAUGGGGCCACUGUUGGGGUACCUACUAGAGGGAUGACCUCAAACGUUUCGGCAGGGAGAGGAGGAAACCCCGUUGUAUUCGACGGAGCUGGUGCACGCUCGCCCGGAACAGAACAUUCUACCUCGGCUGGCAGCAACUCACGCAGUGCAAUCUCAAGUGUUACUCCAGGAGUUCUCCGAGUCCCUUCCGGAGUUGUUGCCGCAGGUGCAGCGUCAGCAGUUGCCGUAGCGGCUAGCGGGAAUGCUAACGCGCCAGCUCCGGCAAAACCUCUUAACGCAAGGCAGCCCUCGGGUGGUACAUUCACAGAGGGUUCAGAAUCAGGUGGUACUGUGGGACUUGGUGGAGUCGCUGUUAGUGCGUCUGUUAGAGCGCCGUCAGGCGAUACAUUUCGACAAGGUUGGUCCAAUUUCAGCGUAGGGCCAGUUAUGAGUUUAUCAAGCGCUAUCGAAAGCCAACCAGAAGCUACGCUUUCACUGGGUAAUGAAGGAAAUCUCUCCGCUGGUAGUAUGCCGAACACGGGGACCACAUUAUCACGUGUUUCAAAAGAAAGCAGCCAGGUGGGUGACAGGGCACCUACGGUAAGUGCGCACAGUAAUGCUGUCACAGGAACAAGCAGCAAUGUCAACGUACUUGGCGCAAUCGCUAAACGUUUACACAAAGCCCCAAAGCCUGUUUCGUCUGGCGAUGGCACAAUCACAGAAGGUUCUCUUAGACAUACUAGCACAAGCCUUCCCGAGUCCACAGACAGUGAUACUUUCGGUACACACACGCCUCAUGUGUCGGAAGCAGGCGGAAGAAGCGUUGCUGUAUCUGGCACAAGAGAUAGACUUCCACUUGCUCCUACAGGGCCUCUGUCGGCUGGCACAGGAACGAGCACCGAAGGCUCCUUACCAAAUGAUACAAAAAUAUUUGGACUGCCCUUAGGUGGUGAAACUUCCUUAGGUUCAUCUACGUCUGUUGCUCGAGCAAAUGGCGGAGGAAGUGUAGUACCCGACCAAACGACACACCGACACGCAGGAUCGGUCUCGCCCGGCACCCCAAAUGUCGAAAAUACCGUUUCCACCUUUAGCGCGAGCGCUCCGGGGUCCGCAGGCCCAAAACCUGCCACAGGUACACUCACUCCAGGCGGCGUAGUAAGAAGCCCAGGAGGAGCAGGGACCGGUACAGCUGCUAUACGUUCAGCUAGGUCCAGAUUGUCGGGUACAAUCACGUCUGCUUCAAAAGGAACAGGUGUAGAAGGUGCCAUAUCAGGCACAGAAGGUACACUCUUGAGUAGUGCCGCAGGACCUUUGCCGGCUAGCAGCGGAGUCAGAGCAGGAACUUCUCUAACACAACCUCUCCCGGGUGGCACUGAAACAACGGCCUCAAGCUCCCCUCGUGAUUAGCAAAGAGGAUCCCUGCACCACUAUAGAAACUUUUAACGUAGAUCUUCCUGCUGCGUGAUGUGUAGGUGUUGUUGGAACACCCCAUAAAAGUUCUACGCACAAAUAAACUAAAUCGGAUAAUUUAGGAAAGCGCGCCUAAUGACUGGAUAAACGCAAAAUACUGCUAAGUGGCACGGCUUUAGAGACAACGAAUUUGUGAAUAAAUUGCUUCCACCGUAUCUAGUGAAAAUUACAUCUUCGCCGGAAAAGAAGUUCAGAACACAAAAAUGUCAAAGGAUAAAGUUGUUUUUCACCACAACUACACCACAAUCAGUAAUACUAGCGAGCCGUCGACAAGCACCGGAUAUCUCUCUGCAUACAAAAAUCACGCUUUCCAGAGAAAAAGAGAAAACAACUAACAAUGUUGCACAUGAGCCAGACACCAGUGCGUCGCGUGGCAAUCGUUUGACAUCUUUUCAGACGAAGCGAGAAUGCCCCUUAAGGUACGGAUCGCUUGCACCUAGAAUUGUUCUGCAUCACUGGAACACCCUGACGCGGUUGUUACCUAGAAAUCCAACGAGUGGCAUGGUCAUUACAUAACAGAUGCAUCUGUUAUCUCAGCUUCCAUAAAAUGACGUUCAGCAAAGGUUUACGAUGCAGCACGUUCCACCGUUUUGUGCUGUCUUGUCUCAGUUGUCACGAAGGCAGUAAAAAGAAGUGUGACCAUGGGACAGGUUCGUACUGAUCCGAGAAUUAGAAAUUUCCGUCCAUGAAAUGAGCGCCAUUCUCAGGCUCAUAACUUAGCACCUAACUGUAACAACCGAAAUCCAAGGCCAUGUGCAUCGCAGGCGCCGAAAGCUACAGGAGAGUUACUGCAGUUUCUCAGAUUCACAAGUCUCCACAACAGCUUAUAGUGUGUGUCCGAAAAGCAAUGAGGCUUUCUUUUCCCUGCCUGGAAAGGCAGUUGCACGGCGGCGCCGGGCGGCCAAACGGCUAGAGGGCAGUCUUAGCUACGCUUGCGUGUCACGCAAGCCUAUUCGAAAUAGCCGCGUCGAAAUAGUCGCGUCGCAGUCGAAAUAGCUGCGUCGCAAGCCCUACGAGGUGUUCCGGUUGCCGCCAAUCAAGUUGAGGACGAAUCUGCCCGGAACUUUACUCUGACAACGGUGCGUCGAGUAGAAGCACAUUUUGAACAUUUUUGAGUGCUUGUAUUAGUAAGACAAAAUAAAUUUAUUUUCUGGCAA